CUAAUUAUAAUUUAUAUUUUAAACAUGUUAUUUCAGUUUAUGGUUGAAAACCCUUAUUUCAUUUUGCAGUCUAAACAUGUUGCUUCCUUUCACCGUCUAAAACUGUUAUUUCAGUUUAUGGUAAACGUGUGGCACCCUGAGCCACAUUUUUUUUUUUUUUUUUGUUUGUUUUUUUUUUUUUUUUUUUUUUUGUAGAAACGGGAAAUACUACAAUCUAUUAAUAAUAAUAAUAAUAAUAAUAAUAAUAAUAAUAAUAAAGCAUUUUGUUGAAUCUGAUAUAUAGAAUAGAAUAGAACAGAACAGAAUAGAAUACAAUGGUUGAAUUGUUGAUUAGGAUAUUCUACAUGGAGUUGUAUAAAAAUGAGGCAGUGAGAGAGAGAGACAGAGGCAGAGCUGAAGUGAUUGUGAGGGGCGGAGGAAAGAGAGCCGCUUCUCAGCGGUUAGCAGACUCAGAGCAGCGCACAAAGACAGUCGGAGUAACAGCGCUCACUCACUCUCUCACUCCUAUCAGCCGCAUUCUGUCCGAGCAAAGCCCGAGCUGCCUCAAGCAUGGUCUCUAUAAUCUCAGACCUGGACCCUAUCAAGAGCUGGAACGUGUUAAGGCAGGACGCAAGUGAUCUAUCUGGAACUAUACAAAGUAACGGUACAGCUGGGAAGAUGAAUGGCGCCUUGGAUCACUCGGACCAGCCUGAUCCGGAUGCCAUUAAGAUGUUUGUUGGCCAGAUCCCCCGCUCCUGGUCCGAGAAAGAGUUAAAGGAACUGUUUGAGCCGUACGGAGCCGUCUACCAGAUCAACAUACUGCGAGAUCGCAGUCAGAACCCACCACAGAGCAAAGGGUGCUGUUUUGUCACAUUCUACACACGGAAAGCUGCCUUGGAGGCCCAGAAUGCACUGCACAACAUAAAGACCUUAACUGGGAUGCACCACCCCAUACAGAUGAAGCCUGCAGACAGCGAGAAAUCAAAUGCGGUGGAGGACAGAAAGCUCUUCAUUGGCAUGGUGUCGAAGAAAUGCAACGAGAACGACAUCCGGGUCAUGUUCUCUGCCUUCGGUCAGAUCGAGGAAUGCCGUAUUCUGAGGGGACCAGAUGGACUCAGCCGAGGAUGUGCGUUUGUCACGUUUUCUACCAGGGCUAUGGCACAGAAUGCAAUCAAAGCCAUGCAUCAGUCUCAAACCAUGGAGGGAUGCUCCUCUCCCAUGGUGGUGAAGUUUGCAGACACACAAAAGGAUAAAGAACAGCGGCGGCUGCAGCAGCAGUUGGCGCAGCAGAUGCAGCAGUUGAACAGUGCGUCUGCCUGGGGUAGCCUGACUGGGCUGACCGGCCUCACCCCGCAGUAUCUGGCAGUAAGAGGACACACCCACGCAGCCACGCCCACCAGCAGCACAGCCAGCGCAGCCGCCGCAUUGCUCCAACAAGCGACCUCCUCCAGUAACUUAGGAGCAUUUGGUGGUAUUCAGCAAAUGGCAGGUAUGAAUGCUCUGCAGUUGCAGAAUCUGGCCACUCUAGCCGCAGCAGCGGCUGCAGCACAGAGCUCAGCCAGCCCGUCCACCGCUAGCGCCCUGACCUCCAGCACAGGGUCCCUGGGAGCCCUGGCCAGCCCAGCAGGUUCCACGGCUAACUCGAGUGCAGGUGCAAUGGGUUCCCUGGGUUCUCUGGGCACACUGCAGGGUCUGGCCGGGGCCACCAUGGGCCUUAAUAACAUUAAUGCACUAGCAGGUAGCGUCAACAUUGCUCACAUGCUCUCAGGUAUGGCGGCUCUUAACGGCGGGCUGGGCAGCACGGGCCUGAGUAACGGGUCGGCUGGGCCCAUGGAUGCUCUCACACAGGCCUACUCAGGGAUCCAACAGUACGCAGCCGCCGCCCUGCCCACCCUCUACAGCCAGUCCCUACUGCAGCAACAGAGCGCUGCGGGCAGCCAGAAAGAGGGACCUGAAGGGGCCAACCUGUUCAUCUACCACCUGCCACAGGAGUUUGGGGACCAGGACAUCCUACAGAUGUUCAUGCCUUUUGGAAACGUGGUCUCUGCCAAAGUCUUUAUCGACAAACAGACCAAUCUGAGCAAGUGCUUUGGUUUCGUCAGUUAUGACAAUCCUGUUUCAGCGCAAGCUGCCAUCCAGGCGAUGAAUGGGUUUCAGAUUGGCAUGAAGCGCCUCAAAGUCCAGCUCAAGCGUUCGAAGAACGACAGCAAACCAUACUGAUCUUAGCACUAGGGCCUCUCUCAUUUUACACUGCUAGGAACUCAUCUCCAUGACUAUAUGCUCAUCGUUUGCCUAGCAUGUCUACGUGGCGUACAAAAAAACGUCUCAUCGUCCCGUCAUUGUUUCUGAUGUCUUUCUGAGUUCUCCUGAUCAUAACCUGGUCUCCUUCUACUGAUCUCUGAACUUAGCCUGAUCUUUUUGGAGAUUUUUCGCAUGUGUCCUCAUUUUGAGCUUUUUUCCUGUUUUUAUUUUAUUUUUUAUUUUUUUAUUUUUUUUAUUUUUAUUUUUUUUUGGAUUAACUGGUGAGGGAGGGAGCAAGGGAGGGAAGGGAGGAAAGACAGAAAAUAAUAAUAAUAAUAAUAAUGUGAAAACGCUGCAUUCACACUCUAGAGACGGAGUAUAUUUACUAACAUAACCAGAGCAUCAUUUUAAGAAAAAGAAAAAAAUGAAAAAUAAAUAAAUAAAUAAGAUAAAAAUAUUAAUAAUCCUGUGGCAAAACAAUUAAGAAUAUUUGCAUUUGACUUAGGUUUUUAUUUUUCAGAUUAUGUUUUUUUUUCUCUCUCUCUCUCUUUACGUUGUUUUCUUUUUCACUCAUUUAAAGUAAACUUGAACGUUCAAUAUACAGGGAUUGGCGUUGGGAUUUACGGUCGGCAACACUCGCAAAUUGAGGCCAUCCGUAAGAAACCCACACCGGUUUCUAAACGAAAUAGACUACUUCCACGCAGUUUUAAUAUAAAAAAAAAUAAAAAAAAACUGUCUGAUCAAUAUUAGAAUCUCUCAGAGCUUGCUCGUGGUUUUUACAUUUUUCAGGCAGUGUAAAGUUUUUUGAUAAGGCCAUUUUAAGUGGCUUGAUUUCUCAUUAAAGUCUAUAUAAAACCACUUUUCUAGAGUAGUAAAGGUAUUAAAAUAAAAAACACAAGAUUGCCCUCUUUGGGGGGG